AAAAAAAAAAAAAAAAAUGGCAGGCCACCACCGCCCAGCACGCACCAACUCUUCAAGUUCUGUUUCUUCUUCUAACGUAGUGGGUGUUCACUAUAAAGUUGGAAGAAAAAUAGGUGAAGGAAGUUUUGGUAUUAUUUAUGAAGGUAUCAACCUGAUGAAUAACCAACAAGUGGCUAUCAAAUUUGAGUCUCGAAAAUCAGACGCACCUCAACUGAGAGAUGAAUAUCGAACAUAUAAAGUGUUGGCUGGCAUAAGUGGUAUUCCAAGUGCAUAUUAUUUUGGUCAAGAAGGUCUACAUAGUAUUCUGGUGAUUGAUAUCCUAGGACCUAGUCUAGAAGACUUGUUUGAUAUGUGUUCUCGCAAAUUUAGUAUAAAGACAGUAGCUAUGCUUGCAAAACAAAUGAUUACCCGUGUUCAAUCGAUUCAUGAACGUAAUCUGAUUUACCGUGACAUCAAGCCCGAUAAUUUUCUUAUUGGUCGACCUAAUACAAAGCAUGCGAAUACCAUUUACCUUAUUGAUUUUGGUAUGGCCAAACUAUACCGUGAUCCAAAGACAAAGCAACAUAUUCCUUACCGUGAAAGAAAAAGUCUGUCUGGUACUGCUCGUUAUAUGAGUAUCAAUACACAUUUAGGACGCGAACAAUCCAGACGUGAUGAUUUAGAGUCCCUAGGUCAUGUCUUUAUGUACUUCUUGAGAGGUUUCUUACCUUGGCAAGGACUUAAGGCUGCUACCAAUAAGCAGAAAUAUGAGAGAAUUGGUGAAAGGAAACAGACGACGGAUAUUAAAGAUUUAUGUGAAGGCUUCCCUGAGGAGUUUGGUCUUUACUUGCAAUAUGCUCGUCGACUUGAUUUUGAAGAAACUCCAAAUUACGAAUACUUGAAAGAUCUGUUUGACAAGGUCUUAAACGCACUAGGUGAAACAGACGAUGGUGUUUAUGACUGGAUGUUGUUGAAUGAUGGCAAAGGAUGGGAGCAUCGAUUCAACACUCACCGAAGUGGAUAUCGCCAGAAUGCUGUUACAGCACUAAAUAAUGCAGUCUCAAGUGAUCGCCCAUCAAGACAGCAAAAGCAACAACGUCGACUAUCUAACAAACGAUACGCGAAUGGCCAACAACCUUAUCGUUCUGCUCAGGCAAUGCUGAGUGAUGCCGCCAUGGCUAACUACCGUACUAUGGAUUCAACACAUACAUUGUUACAACAACAGCAACAACAGCAAGGUGAUUUAUUAGAGGAUCAAAAAAGAGGAUUUUUAUCCAGAUGCCUUGGAAGUUUUUGUUCUUGCUUAUAACCCCCUCCCCCCCCUUCCUCAUUUAUUAUUAUCAGUUAAUAAUAUACCUUUAUUUAUACAUAUUGUUUCUGUAAGAUACUUUAAUAAAACUCUCUUCAAAGUACGUGUGUGAUGAAUUGGC